AUGGCGUCAAAGAACACGGGCGAACCCGAUGAGAUCACCGGCCAGAGCGCCCUUCCCAUCUCUCGAAUCAAGAAGAUCAUCCAGCUCGACGAGGAUAUCGCACAAUGCUCCAACAACUCGACCUUUGUCAUUGCCAUGGCCACUAUGUUCAUCCAAUAUCUCGCCGAGCAAGCGCACAAUGUGGUCAAAUCAGAACGGAAACCUCGCAAGACCGUCCAAUACAAGGAUUUGGCUACGGCGGUUUCUCACAUUGAUAACCUCGAGUUCCUCGCCGACGUGAUCCCCAAGACUACGACAUAUAAACAAUUCAAGGAGAAGAAGGCCAAGGACGCAGCCAAGUCUGCCGAGAUGGAAAAGGGUCAGCGCACGCUGAAUGGAUCCGAUGCCCCUGCUGGAAACACAAACGGUGCCCCAGCCGAAUCAGCCCCACGAGUGGAAGAGCCUACGGCGUCGUCGCCAUCAGUUCCUCGCACACCCGUGGUGCCUGUGAGUGCGCUGAUCGCAGACCGGACGUUUGAACCCUCGGCCCGCCAUGGCCCGGAUGUUGAAAUGCAGGAUUAG